GUCAUCAUCUAUCAUCGAGCGCGCCCCUUCUGGAAGAUAAAUUAGAGUCCUUACAAAACGUCCCACUUCGCUGCUGCGCCACGCGCUAUCCUGUUAACCUAUAGGCAAGCUUACAAAAGACGGUCAUUAUUUGCAGAUACGGUACAGCGCCGUGAGGUGCCGCAACCUCACAUUUAGCCUUCGAGGAGAACUUUCGCACAGCAGCGGCCAUGUUGCCAACGGACACUAUGAAGGGGACUUUCGCCCCCGGCACAACCAAGCGGAAAACGGUGAACAUGUACGACACACAAUCGUCCACGUUCCAGCCGAGGCCGGAGGGGCCAUUUGAGGCGGAGCACAUCACAGACCAGCCGGCUGCGCAUGAGCACUUUGAUACCACGAGAGAGAUCAAGCUUAAGGACCCAAAGGGAAUGGACUUGCCAGCCACCUCUUACGUGGAGCACUACCCGCCCAAGACGGCGCUACUGCCGGGCGAGCCGCUGGAGCUGGCCUUGGGCGGUGUGCCCUUCACUGCCACCUCCACCUACGACAACGAGUUCUGGAACAAACCCCGCGCGCCGCGGCCCGUGGAGCCGCUCACCUACACGCACCGGCCCGGGCCCAUGAUCACGCGUGACACCACCAACCAGGACACCUAUAAGCCGUUUGAGAUGGCGCCGCAGCCAGGCAGCAUGACGGGCCGGCCCACGCGCAACGCCACGGCGCCGCCGCCCGCCAUGCCCUCCAUCUACGACACCACCUACCGGGCGCACUACAUCCCCAAGGAGGGAGAGCCGCGCGUGGGGCCAGGCACCAUCCCGCCCAAGGACCCGCUGCCGUGGCUCAACGACGGCACCACCUAUCGCAAUGACUAUGCGCCCAAGGGCCUGGCGCUGCUGGCUCCCGCCGACUAUGACCCCUACAACCCCUUUCCCUUCGGCGGCACCACCGAGUACCGCGCCGAGUACCCGGCUAAGGAGGCUGACCCGCAGCUGCCGCCGCUCACGGGCGUGCGCAGCCGGGAGGGGCUGGAGCUGCCGCUGCCGCGCCGCAGCCUGGGCGUGGAGUUCGUGCACAAGGGCGUGUCCGACCGCUACUUCGUGCUCAUCCCGCGCACGCUGGAUUCACCCUGCUCCGCGCGCCAGGUGUUCACCACCGUGCACGACAACCAGGAGCAGGCCUGCAUCCUGAUCCUGUACGGCGACGACCCGGUGGCCUCCAACAACACGCUGCUGGGGCAGUUCGACAUCGUCAACAUCCCGCCCGCGCCCAAGGACGUGCCGCGCAUCGAGGUCACGUUCCACCUAAGCCGGGACAUGUUUCUGACGGUGGAGGCACGGGACCUGGACACGGCACGGCACAAGCGCUGGCUCCAACGCGGCGACAUUGUGGUGCUCCGGCAUUAGCAGUUUUGAGGAGGCAGAUAGCAGUUGUGGGGACGUGGGAAGAGCGGCGAGCAGGGUGUUGGUAGCCGGGAUUAUUUGCUGUGCGAUGUGGCGCAUGGGAAAGCUGGAGCCGAAGGUUACUGGGAUAGCUGGGCAAGGCUUGAUGGCCGGAGCUGCGUGUACCGUACUGUCGAGGAAGCACGUGGCCUGUGUUACAGAGGUAGCUAUGAACGCAUAGAGCCGUGUUGGGAAUUGACGUGGAGAACAAGGAAUCCGUGCAGGUAGGGCGUUGCUGUGGAUGGUCGUAGCUGACGCAAGUUGCAGCCAUGCAGGCUGUGCAGCGCCAUGCAAGCUGUGCAGCAUGCGUCUCGGUGUGUUGUGUUGGAUGGUGCUUGCCUGGCAGCUAGCGGGCAGUGCAGUGUUAACAGGAGGCCUGAAAGUGGAUGCAGGCGUAUGUCAAUUCUGAUACCGUAUUCUCAUUUUACGCAUGCAAGGUCAACUCCCAGCUUGUACACGCAAAUUAUUGGAAGGCAACUGUGUAUUCAGCAGUAGCG